GUUUUUUACAAAGCAUUCCUUGCUUGAGAAAUAUUUCAAGUGGUCUUGAGCAUUGUAAAGAAAAAUACGAGAGAAACCAACGAGACAUAAUUCUUGUGGAAUAUGAAGACAAAACGCACCUUCAGUGUUGCUCCUUUGAUGGAUAUAGACGUUGUUUAUUGAUGGUGUUAUAUACACAAGAAGAUUGCCGUGAAACUGCAAGUGAUUUCUUGACUAAAUUAUCUGACAGAAUGGGUGGCGUUUUGACCCAAGGAACUUGCUCCGAACACUUUGAACGCUGCACCGGUCCUUCUUCUGGAAUAAAAUUUGAACCAUCAAAGCUUAUAUGGAUAGCAGCACUCCUGCUCACUUUUUUGGCUCUAUAAUCAUCUAAAUGAUGAUGUGUUCAUCUCAAGUAGAAAUCAUCCAUUUUCAUGAUCACAGUUUUUCAAACACGACGUUUGUUUGUAUUUACACUGCCGUGGAAUUUGAACUCUUGUUUGAGGAUCUGAAGAAACUAAUACAAAGGUUAAAUUUAUAACUGAUUAUUCGCAAGUUAAACUGAACCUGAUUAAAUUUACCUUGAAUUUUAAUAUGGUACAAAUUUUCUGAAACCUUAAUAAGGCGUCAAUUUGUACCACAAUACGGUGUGGUCACUUUCUGAUUAAUUUGGUUCAUUUGCAUGAAAGUAUGGUUCAGUUUAGUACGCUAUUGAGUUCACAGCAAAUUUGAACUGUAUUGUGUGGAAUAUGAGCGUGCUACUAAAAGUUGUAAAUAAAAGGAAAUGUAAAUUUCUUUUUGAUUUAAUCUAUUGCAUUACUUUUUAAAAUUAUUAUUGAAGUCAUUUCAAGUCUAAAUACUUUUAUUUAUGUAAUAAUUAUGUUAUUAAUAUCAGAUUUUUCCUAAAACAAUUUUUUUUUAAAUAUUCUCUAACUUCAACUUUAAUGAUCCGCGCUAAAUUCAACAAUAUUGGACUCAACAAUAUUCAAAUUAUAGUUUAACUUAUUUAUUUCAAAUUAACAGUUUGAAAAAUACCUGCAGUUUUAUUAAACAUUAAGCUUCUUUAAGUUUUGACUAAAAUGAUUAGUUGAAAUUAUGCAUAAGUGGAAUCAUUUAAUAUACAUUAACAUUUGACUUUGCCUUUUAAACUUCGCUUUUUUUGGUGUUUUCCACUUUGCUUUCAGUAGCUUUCGUCAUAAAAAUAUUACACCUUUGUGUUAAUAACUAAAUAAGUUAUUCUGAAUAAUUAAUUUUAUAGAUAUCACCUUUGCUGACUUAUGUUCUAAACACUUGUCCUUAUAUUAUUUAUAAUAAGUAUUAUCUGUCAUUUUAAUACUUGUAUUUUAACAGCAUUUUAAUUAUUUGUUGUCUUGUAUUUUUACGCCUUUUAUCAGAAUAGUUUCUUUUAUUUUAUUAAUGCUCUUUAAAAAUAAAAGAACUUAUUUUGUUCGAUAAAUAAUGCAACAAGCAUUGUAGACAAAAAUAUUUGAUUUGUGACCUAUUAAAUUUUAUUUUUGCAAAAAAUAAUUGUUUGGCGAAAUAGUAAAUUUGUUUAAAUUAAUAAGCAAAAUUUAAGCACAAAUAUGGAGUUGGAAAGAAAUUGAUAUUAAAAAAAGGUUUUCAAAUCAUAUUUCCCCUAGACUAAAAUGAUUUUUCAUUGUAGACUUACUUAAAAGAUUACGAUUGUCACGUUUCAAUUCAAGUUGCUUUUUUCUUUACAUGAAAAGAAUGAAAUGAAAAAUAAAUAGAUAAAAAAUAAAUAGAUAAAAAAAAGUAAAAAACGGGGAAACUUGUAUAAAGAAGUUUAUUUGCAGUUUUAGAAACUAUUCUUUAAGCUGUUUAACUACUGUGUUCAUGUAUUCGUGUACUAUACAAUGUAUAUAUAUUUUUGUGAUCGAUGUUGUGUUCAGUUAUAUUGUACUAUUGAGUUAUUUAAAAUAGUAGCUUUUAAUAUAUUUCAAUAAAAUCUAUAUUUAUGUGGAA